UGCAGACAAACAAGUGAUUGUUGGUCUAUCAGCAGGAGACGUGUGACAUUUGAACUACGGUCUUUUAUUUUUCUGACAACGAUUCCUUUCUGCUGGACUUUAUGCCCACAAAACAAGCAUAAUGCAGAUGUUUUUCUGGCUGGUGGAAAAUAUUUCAAGGACAACUUAAGUCUUUGGUAUGACUCGGCCGGGGUUUGAACUCACGACCUACCCAUCUCAGGCUGGACACUCUAACCACUAGGCCACUGAGUAGAGAAGAAUCAGAAGUCCAGAAGGAAUGGCAAAAUAUAAGAAUGGCCUGAUCAUUCUCCUGGCGACACUCUGUAUCCUGAAAACAGGGAAUGUCAUCAAAUGGUUAAAUGGUCAAUUACACUCAGAAGAACGACACAUCAUCAAGAGAGCAACAGGAGAUGAACUGCUUGUCCACUAUGAGUACCAAGUGUCCAUCGAGCUAAAUGUGACCAGUGUCGACACAAUAGACAUACUUCGCAGCCUGCUGGACAACAGUAGCUCAUCCUUUGCUUUGAGUGCCUCUGCAAAUGUGACACGCAUUGACAUCACAACAGUCUGCAGUCUAAGCAGUGAUGGUUUCCAGUGCAGAUGUGAGGAUCAGCAUCGUUGGUCAUGUGACCAGUGUUUCCAGUAUGGAUCAUGUGACAACAUCACAAACGACACAUGUGGAUGCAUCAACAGCAUUCCUUUUGAUGGACAAUAUUGUCAAUCUGUUGAUCAAUACAAUUUGACAUCUUGUCCUGUUACAACACCUUCUACUACAACAACAACAUAUCCUCCAUUUGUUUAUGAAUCCAUCAUCUCUGUUGAGCUAAACACCACAGAUAUGAGUGUGAUACAACUACUAAAGGACAUUCUGGGUAACACCAGUUACCCCAUCAGCAUCAACAACUACUCAGAAAUCUCUGACAUCAACAUAACUACAGUUUGCAGUCCCAGCAAUGAUGGUUUCCAGUGCAGAUGUGAGGAUCAGCAUCGUUGGUCAUGUGACCAGUGUUUCCAGUAUGGAUCAUGUGACAACAUCACAAAUGACACAUGUGGAUGUAUCAACAGCAUUCCUUUUGAUGGGCAAUAUUGUCUAUCUAUUGAUCAAUACAAUUUGACAUAUUGUCCUGCUACAACACCUUCUACUACGACAACAACAUAUCCUCCAUUUGUUUAUGAAUCCAUCAUCUCUGUUGAGUUGAACACCACAGAUAUGAGUGUGAUACAACUACUAAAGGACAUUCUGGGAAACACCAGUUACCCCAUCAGCAUCAACAACUACUCAGAAAUCUCUGACAUUAACAUAACCACAGUUUGCAGUCCAAUCAGUGAUGGUUUCCAGUGCAGAUGUGAGGAUCAGCGUCAUUGGUCAUGUGACCAGUGUUUCCAGUAUGGAUCAUGUGACAACAUCACUAAUAACACAUGUGGAUGCAUCAACAGCAUUCCUUUUGAUGGGCAAUAUUGUCUAUCUGUUGAUCAAUAUAAUUUUACAUCUUGUCCUGUUACAACACCUUCUACUACAACAACAACAUAUCCUCCAUUUGUUUAUGAAUCCAUCAUCUCUGUUGAGCUGAACACCACAGAUAUGAGUGUGAUACAACUACUAAAGGACAUUAUGGGUAACACCAGUUACCCCAUCAGCAUCAACAACUACUCAGAAAUCUCUGACAUCAACAUAACUACAGUUUGCAGUCCCAGCAAUGAUGGUUUCCAGUGCAGAUGUGAGGAUCAGCAUUGUUGGUCAUGUGACCAGUGUUUCCAGUAUGGAUCAUGUGACAACAUCACAAAUGACACAUGUGGAUGUAUCAACAGCAUUCCUUUUGAUGGGCAAUAUUGUCUAUCUAUUGAUCAAUACAAUUUUACAUCUUGUCCUGUUACAACACCUUCUACUACAACAACAACAUAUCCUCCAUUUGUUUAUGAAUCCAUCAUCUCUGUUGAGUUGAACACCACAGAUAUAAGUGUGAUACAACUACUAAAGGACAUUCUGGGAAACACUAGUUACCCCAUCAGCAUCAACAACUACUCAGAAAUCUCUGACAUUAACAUAACCACAGUUUGCAGUCCAAUCAGUGAUGGUUUCCAGUGCAGAUGUGAGGAUCAGCAUCGUUGGUCAUGUGACCAGUGUUUCCAAUAUGGAUCAUGUGACAACAUCACAAAUAACACAUGUGGAUGCAUCAACAGUAUUCCUUUUGAUGGACAAUAUUGUCAAUCUAUUGAUCAAUACAAUUUGACAUAUUGUCCUGUUACAACACCUUCUACUACAACAACAACAUAUUCUCCAUUUGUUUAUGAAUCCAUCAUCUCUGUUGAGCUGAACACCACAGAUAUGAGUGUGAUACAACUACUAAAGGACAUUCUGGGAAACACCAGUUACCCCAUCAGCAUCAACAACUACUCAGAAAUCUCUGACAUCAACAUAACUACAGUUUGCAGUCCCAGCAAUGAUGGUUUCCAGUGCAGAUGUGAGGAUCAGCAUCGUUGGUCAUGUGACCAGUGUUUCCAGUAUGGAUCAUGUGACAACAUCACAAAUGACACAUGUGGAUGUAUCAACAGCAUUCCUUUUGAUGGGCAAUAUUGUCUAUCUAUUGAUCAAUACAAUUUUACAUCUUGUCCUGUUACAACACCUUCUACUACAACAACAACAUAUCCUCCAUUUGUUUAUGAAUCCAUCAUCUCUGUUGAGUUGAACACCACAGAUAUGAGUGUGAUACAACUCCUAAAGGACAUUCUGGGAAACACCAGUUACCCCAUCAGCAUCAACAACUACUCAGAAAUCUCUGACAUUAACAUAACAACAGUUUGCAGCCCAAGCAGUGAUGGUUUCCAGUGCAGAUGUGAGGAUCAGCAUCAUUGGUCAUGUGACCAGUGUUUCCAGUAUGGAUCAUGUGACAACAUUACAAAUGACACAUGUGGAUGCAUCAACAGCAUUCCUUUUGAUGGACAAUAUUGUCAAUCUAUUUAUCAAUACAAUUUGACAUCUUGUCCUGUUACAACACCUUCUACCACAACAACAUAUCCUCCAUUUGUUUAUGAAUCCAUCAUCUCCGUUGAGCUAAACACCACAGAUAUGAGUGUGAUACAACUACUAAAGGACAUUCUGAGAAACACCAGUUACCCCAUCAGCCUCAACAACUACUCAGAAAUCUCUGACAUCAACAUAACUACAGUUUGCAGUCCAAGCAGUGAUGGUUUCCAGUGCAGAUGUGAGGAUCAGCAUCGUUGGUCAUGUGACCAGUGUUUCCAGUAUGGAUCAUGUGACAACAUCACAAAUGACACAUGUGGAUGCAUCAACAGCAUUCCUUUUGAUGGACAAUAUUGUCAAGCUAUUGAUCAAUACAAUUUGACAUAUUGUCCUGUUACAACACCUUCUACUACAACAACAUAUCCUCCAUUUGUUUAUGAAUCCAUCAUCUCUGUUGAACUGAACACCACAGAUAUGAGUGUGAUACAACUACUAAAGGACAUUCUGGGAAAUACCAGUUACCCCAUCAGUAUCAACAACUACUCAGAAAUCUCUGACAUCAAUAUAACCACAGUUUGCAGUCCAAGCAGUGAUGGUUUCCAGUGCAGAUGUGAGGAUCAGCAUCGUUGGUCAUGUGACCAGUGUUUCCAGUAUGGAUCAUGUGACAACAUCACAAAUGACACAUGUGGAUGCAUCAACAGCAUUCCUUUUGAUGGACAAUAUUGUCAAUCUAUUGAUCAAUACAAUUUGACAUCUUGUCCUGUUACAACACCUUCUACCACAACAACAACAUAUACUCCAUUUGUUUAUGAAUCCAUCAUCUCUGUUGAGCUAAACACCACAGAUAUGAGUGUGAUACAAAUACUAAAGGACAUUCUGAGAAACACCAGUUACCCCAUCAGCCUCAACAACUACUCAGAAAUCUCUGACAUCAACAUAACUACAGUUUGCAGUCCAAGCAGUGAUGGUUUCCAGUGCAGAUGUGAGGAUCAGCAUCGUUGGUCAUGUGACCAGUGUUUCCAGUAUGGAUCAUGUGACAACAUCACAAAUGACACAUGUGGAUGCAUCAACAGCAUUCCUUUUGAUGGACAAUAUUGUCAAUCUAUUGAUCAAUACAAUUUGACAUAUUGUCCUGUUACAACACCUUCUACUACAACAACAACAUAUCCUCCAUUUGUUUAUGAAUCCAUCAUCUCUGUUGAGCUGAACACCACAGAUAUGAGUGUGAUACAACUACUAAAGGACAUUCUGGGUAACACCAGUUACCCCAUCAGCAUCAACAACUACUCAGAAAUCUCUGACAUCAACAUAACUACAGUUUGCAGUCCAAGCAAUGAUGGUUUCCAGUGCACAUGUGAGGAUCAGCAUCGUUGGUCGUGUGACCAGUGUUUCCAGUAUGGAUCAUGUGACAACAUCACAAAUGACACAUGUGGAUGCAUCAACAGCAUUCCUUUUGAUGGACAAUAUUGUCUAUCAAUCAAUCAAUACAAUUUUACAUCUUGUCCUGUUACAACACCUUCUACUACGACAACAGCAUAUCCUCCAUUUUUUUAUGAAUCCAUCAUCUCUGUUGAGCUAAACACCACAGAUAUGAGUGUGUUACAACUCCUAAAGGACAUUCUGGGAAACACCAGUUAUCCCAUCAGCAUCAACAACUACUCAGAAAUCUCUGACAUUAACAUAACCACAGUUUGCAGUCCAAGCAGUGAUGGGUUCCAGUGCAGAUGUGAGGAUCAGCAUCGUUGGUCAUGUGACCAGUGUUUCCAGUAUGGAUCAUGUGACAACAUCACAAAUGACACAUGUGGAUGCAUCAACAGCAUUCCCUUUGAUGGACAAUAUUGUCAAUCUAUUGAUCAAUACAAUUUUACAUCUUGUCCUGUUACAACACCUUCUACUACAACAACAACAUAUCCUCCAUUUGUUUAUGAAUCCAUCAUCUCUGUUGAGUUGAACACCACAGAUAUGAGUGUGAUACAACUACUAAAGGACAUUCUGGGAAACACCAGUUACCCCAUCAGCAUCAACAACUACUCAGAAAUCUCUGACAUUAACAUAACAACAGUUUGCAGUCCAAGCAGUGAUGGGUUCCAGUGCCGAUGUGAGGAUCAGCAUAGUUGGUCAUGUGACCAGUGUUUCCAGUAUGGAUCAUGUGACAACAUUACAAAUGACACAUGUGGAUGCAUCAACAGCAUUCCCUUUGAUGGACAAUAUUGUCAAUCUAUUGAUCAAUACAAUUUGACAUAUUGUCCUGUUACAACACCUUCUACAACAACAACAACACAUCCUCCAUUUGUUUAUGAAUCCAUCAUCUCUGUUGAACUGAACACCACAGAUAUGAGUGUGAUACAACUACUAAAGGACAUUCUGGGAAACACCAGUUACCCCAUCAGCAUCAACAACUACUCAGAAAUGUCUGACAUCAACAUAACUACAGUUUGCAGCCCAAGCAGUGAUGGUUUCCAGUGCAGAUGUGAGGAUCAGCAUCGUUGGUCAUGUGACCAGUGUUUCCAGUAUGGAUCAUGUGACAACAUCACAAAUGACACAUGUGGAUGCAUCAACAGUAUUCCUUUUGAUGGACAAUAUUGUCAAUCUAUUGAUCAAUACAAUUUGACAUAUUGUCCUGUUACAACACCUUCUACUACAACAACAACAUAUUCUCCAUUUGUUUAUGAAUCCAUCAUCUCUGUUGAGCUGAACACCACAGAUAUGAGUGUGAUACAACUACUAAAGGACAUUCUGGGAAACACCAGUUACCCCAUCAGCAUCAACAACUACUCAGAAAUCUCUGACAUCAACAUAACUACAGUUUGCAGUCCAAGCAAUGAUGGUUUCCAGUGCAGAUGUGAGGAUCAGCAUCGUUGGUCAUGUGACCAGUGUUUCCAAUAUGGAUCAUGUGACAACAUCACAAAUGACACAUGUGGAUGCAUCAACAGCAUUCCUUUUGAUGGACAAUAUUGUCAAUCUAUUGAUCAAUACAAUACCUCUGGUUGCCCUAUCUCAACCACCUUUCCUACAACGCAUACAACAACUGCCAGUACAACAACAACAACAACAACAACAACAACAACAACAACAACAACAACAACAACAACAACAACAACAACAACCACAACCACAGCCACAACCACAACAACAACCCCAACCACAACCCCAACCACAGCAACAACCCCAACCACAACCACAACCACAAACACAACAACAACUCCCUCACCUGCAACUCCAACAACAGCUCCUUCAACUACAGUGUCUCCACCAACAGAAUUUGAGCUGGAAAUGUCAGUCAGAUUGGACAUGGAAUACUCGGUUGAAUUGGGCGAUACAACAAGUGCUGCUUUCCAAGAGUUGGAGUCUCAAAUCUUACCUGUGUUAAGUGAACAGUACGGUACAAUAACAGGAUUCAUUAGCGUUAUUGUGAGAGCUUUCAGCCCAGGCAGUGUGAUCGCAGACUUUGUUUUACGAACAUCACAAGUUUAUCAUCAGGAAUUGGCUGCUGUCAAUCAAAGACUCCCUGUAGCAAUGCAACCAAUCGCCAACGUUAUCGGCUCUGUUAGGGCAUUUUACAACAGUGGGACGACAAUCCUAUCCCCGGCAGUGACGUAUACUGACAGCUCCAUGACGCUGAUAUGUGGUCCCAUUCCUGCCAGCAUUAAUCUGGGCAACAUCACGGACACCGAGUGGAAUCUGAACGGACAGGAUAUCAAAGAGAACAGAAGAUUUCAAAUAGCUACAUCUGAUCGACAGUCUGACUUAACAAUUGGGAACGUAAUUCUGGCGGAUGCUGGGUUAUAUGAAUGCAAUCUGAUGAGCAGAGUUAUGACAUUUGUACAAAAUGGAAGAGCUAACAUCAACCAAGCUCCAAAUAUUCGACUCGCGGGUCAAGUCAACGUGAAAUGUUCAGAGGAAGCGACGCAGUCCAUUCAGUGCUGUGUGCAGUCCGAUUAUGUCGUGCACUGGUUCCAGGACAACACGCAGUUAAGUUCCGACAUCAGUACUGAAGGGGGAAGCUACUGCAUCACGCACAGACACCGAAUAACCGGCUGUAGCGCUUCCACGACACAAUCGUUACGUUUUGUUUGUCGAGUGGAAACACCAAGCGGCUUUGAGAAGACCCUAACCAUGAUCAUUUUUACUGACGAUGUUUUAUGUAACGACGGUGUGUACGGGAGCGGACGACUCGGCGACUUGUCAACUGCAGCAUGCGAUGCUGGUCAGGAGGGCAGCCGGACCGCACGAUGCAGCAGCACGGGACUGUGGCGUCUUCAGGAAGACAACUGCAUCGUAGCACAGAUCAAGGACUUGCUCGUCAUUUCCGAGGAUUUGAUUGAAGAGGAUGUGCCACAAUUUGCUGCAAAUCUUAGUCAGGUUGUCCAGGAGGAAAGAGAAGACAUUUCCAAUUCAUCUGCAACCAUCUCAGCCAUCGUUGACCUCCUGAGCACAAUUGCAAAUGUUUCCCAAGAAGUGAACCGAGAUGUGAUGGAGAAUGUGCUGGAAACAGUCGAUGUAAUUAUUGGUGACGACGCCAGAGAGUCCUGGGAAAUUCUGAGAGAGAACGUCACCCGCAAUGCGAGCUCACAAUUACUGGAUUCGAUGGAGAUUCUCUCCGACGGAUUGGUAGGAGAGUUCCUCAUCAGAACUGGGUCGAUUCUGCUCAAUAGAACAUCGUUCAAUGACUUCUUCUUGGCGGACUUCAACUCCAGCGUUGUCAUUGACAUUUCUAGCACCGACUUAAACAACGUGUCCAUCACCACCAUUGUUUUCUCCACUCUUGAUAAUGUCCUUCCACCUCGGAACUCCAGCUUUAAUGGCACCCUCGCCCAAACCACAGGAACGUCUGUUGAAUUUAAUGACAUCAUUAAUGCUGAAGUGACGCUUGUCAGAGUGAGUGCAGAAAUUCAGAAUGUUACUCUGAGCUUCCAAAAACUGAACAACUCCUUGGAAAAUAACCCGCAGUGCGUCUUCUGGAACUAUACCAUUUUUGAUAACUUGGGUGCCUGGGAUGAUGAGGGUUGCACUUUAAUUUCAGAUAUCAACAACACUGUGACUUGCAACUGCAACCACCUCACCUCAUUCUCCAUCUUGAUGGCAACUGAUAUCCCGGAAUCAAUUCGAGUUGCUCUGGACGUCAUCACAUAUGUUGGAGUUGGAAUAUCUCUGGCAAGUCUUGUCAUAUGUCUCAUCAUUGAAGCAUAUGUUUGGAAAGCCAUGACCAGGAACAGCACUGCCUUCAUGCGCCAUGUUUCCAUUGUCAACACCGCCCUGUCUUUGUUGAUUGCUGACAUUUGCUUCAUUAUUGCUGCCUCCUUUGCCAAGAACCCACUUGAAAACCCAGGAGAGGAUCAUCAGGUUCCUUUGGGACCGUGUAGCACCGCAACAUUUUUUAUGCACUUUUUCUACCUGGCUUUAUUCUUUUGGAUGCUGGUGUCAGGACUUCUCCUCUUCUACCGAACCGUCAUGGUCUUCUCCCACAUGUCGAAGUCAGCCAUGUUGGCCAUUGGCUUUCUGUUUGGCUAUGUGUGCCCUCUUAUAAUAGCUGUUAUCACUGUUGCUGUCACAGCCCCGGGGAAAGGAUAUAUCAGAGAAAACGAUGCAUGCUGGCUGAACUGGGUCAAGACCAAGGCCCUGCUGGCCUUAGUGAUACCGGCUCUGAUCAUCGUUGUCAUAAACAUUCUGAUUGUAAUCGUGGUCUUGUUCAAAAUGCUGAGAAGAGGUGUGAGGGAAGCAAACGCCACAGAUGAAACGCACACGCUGGUUGUCAUUGCCAGAUGUGUGAUCAUUCUGACUCCUCUCUUUGGGUUGACCUGGUCUUUGGGGGUGGGGACCAUGAUCUCACCCACAAAUGAGGGGAUCCAUAUUGCAUUUGCCUUCUUCAACUCACUGCAGGGAUUCUUCAUUUUAGUCUUUGGGACACUGUGGGAUUCAAAGAUCCGAGCCAUCCUCUCCAGAAAGCUGCCGACUUCAGGCAGCGGCUCCAGCUCCAAUCAAACUGCCAGUACAAGUCGUGGCAUUUCUUCUAUGGCUGGACUAAAAUGGAUCAGCAGACUCCAACGAAGAUAUAUUUACCAUGUGUCAGAAGUUGCAAACUCAAGCAGCUCCAGCGGCUCCCAGUCCUACUCCAACACUUAAAUACAACCAACUCUGACUCGCUGAACUACAUUUACAUUUAGCUAAGUCCACAAUACCAGUGUCUCAACUAAAUUUACAUUUAGUAAAUUCCACAAUAAAGUCCACAAUACGAGUGUCUAAACUACAUUUACAUUUAGUAAAGUCCACAAUACCAGUGUCUCAACUACAUUUACAUUUAGUAAAGUCCACAAUACCAGUGUCUCAACUACAUUUACAUUUAGUAAAGUCCACAAUACCGGUGUCUCAACUACAUUUACAUUUAGUAAAGUCCACAAUGUCGGUGUCUCAACUACAUUUACAUUUAGUAAAUUCCAGAAUAAAGUCCACAAUACGAGUGUCUAAACUACAUUUACAUUUAGUAAAGUCCACAAUACCAGUGUCUUAACUACAUUUACAAUUAGUAAAUUCCACAAUAAAGUCCACAAUACGAGUGUCUAAACUACAUUUACAUUUAGUAAAGUCCACAAUACCAGUGUCUCAACUACAUUUACAUUUAGUAAAGUCCACAAUACCGGUGUCUCAACUACAUUUACAUUUAGUAAAGUCCACAAUAUCGGUGUCUCAACUACAUUUACAUUUAGUAAAGUCCACAAUAUCGGUGUCUCAACUACAUUUACAUUUAGUAAAGUCCACAAUACCAUUGUCUCAACUAAAUUUACAUUAAGCAAAGUCCACAAUACCAGUGUCUCAACUCCAUUUACAUUUAGUAAAGUUCACAAUACCGGUGUCUCAACUACAUUUACAUUUAGUAAAGUCCACAAUACCGGUGUCUCAACUACAUUUACAUUUAGUAAAGUCCACAAUAUCGGUGUCUCAACUACAUUUACAUUUAGUAAAUUCCACAAUAAAGUCCACAAUACGAGUGUCUCAACUACAUUUACAUUUAGUAAAGUCCACAAUACCAGUGUCUCAACUACAUUUACAUUUAGUAAAGUCCACAAUACCGGUGUCUCAACUACAUUUACAUUUAGUAAAGUCCACAAUAUCGGUGUCUCAACUACAUUUACAUUUAGUAAAUUCCACA